AAACUACUGUGAAUCCAUUUUAAUUUUAUUCUUACAUUAAAAUUAUUUUAGUGAUUUUUUUUAUCCACCACAAUGUUCAGCGUUUUCUUAUGAUCCGCUAUUACCGUGCUGAAAUGGGAGUGGCCUCUCUAUUUUCCCGAAGGUUAAAGGAACAUUUGUAGUCCUGUUGGAAGAUGAAGAGACAUUAACUACAUCAAAAUGCACUUUCAACCAUCUUAUGGAAAUUAUAUAUAUUUAAUUAUUUAAAAAAUCUUUGUCUUUACAAACUUGUGACACCGGCUGUUCAAAUGUUACACAAAUACUAAAAUUUGAGCUCAGUAUGGCCCUAAGUUAUCUAAGGAGGGAUGAAUGGGGUGCGGUGAAACCAUUGAAAUGGAACGAUUUACAGUUACCAUUAUACCACGUCUACUACAUCGCUACUCAGACCCGAGAGUGUUCUGAUGAACUGACCUGCAUAAAAGUAUGUCAGAGGCUACAGUCCAUUCACUUGAUGAAAAAAUAUGGAGACAUACGCUUCAGUUUUAUGAUCGGGGGAGACGGUCAAGUGUACGAGGGAAGAGGCUGGAAAUACGCGCCAAGUCUCCCCAUUGAGUACAGGGACAGAAACCAGCAACAGAGUAUACUGAUAGCCUUCAUCGGGAGAUGGGUCAAUGACCAAGUGACCCCAAUUAUGAUGCGAGCAGCCAGCGAUCUCAUCGACUAUGCCAUAGACAACAAUUAUCUCAAAAAGAGCUACAGAUCUCAAAACCUCUUCAAAGACCACUUUAGAGAGGAAGUUAUUGAAGAAAUGAUCAAAGAUUCCUACAUUACCAAAUUGAAAAAUCGGACGAGAACCGCAUGCAUGCUCAAAGAGAUGGGACUGAAUAACGAACUGUCCCCGGAAAUCGACACUAGAUAUAUUUUUAAGAAGUAAUUAUUACAUUCGACGAAAAAACGAGAAAAUAAUGAAAUAAAGACAUCCUUUUAAAUUGCACAAGCUAAAGAGAAAGCGUAGUAAAAUAAUGUGCAAGUGAGGCGGAAUGAGUGUCUACACAUUUAAGGAUUUCUGUAUAAACCUAAUAGAACGUUUUGUAUUUUACUUAUUUUUAAUAUUUAUUAUGUUACAUUUUUACCUAUUAUUUUCAUACAUUUGUUUGAUUUAAUAUUUAAGGUUUAAAUCUAGGCAUUUACGCCA